AUGGGAAUCGGCGCCGUCGCCGAGCCCUUGGUGGUGGUAUCCCUCCUUUUCGGCGGCACUUGGUUCAACCGAAAUACUGGCCGAGAUGACGCCUACGACAAUCUCGGCUGGACCGACGACGGCCUCGGUCAAGGUGAUAGCAAGAGAUCCGACGACCACAAUGCCAGCCCCGUCCGGUCAGGCACGGUCUCCCCGGUCUCAGAAAAUGCGCUUCUCAACACUUCUUCGACCCUGGCAGCCAGUGACGAACCACUCAGGCGGCUGAGGAAAUUCAAGUUCCUUAAGUACCAGCGCACUGUGACUACUCCCAAUACGAGAGUCUUCAAAGACCGUCUAUUGAGUCGACUACUCCGCAAGUUCCCUUUCCUCGUCGAGGCCUGGUAUUGGGCGUUGAUCUACUGGGUAUACCAGCUCGGCCGGGCUUUCACAGCUGUCACUCUGGUUGAGGGUACCGUCGAUGUUGCUCGCCGACACGCGCUGCAGGUCAUUCACCUGGAACAGGCUCUUAACCUCUUCGUCGAGCUUCCGGUCCAGCAGUAUCUCUUGCAGUAUCCCACCGCCAUGCAUUGGGUCAACCGCAUCUACUCCUUCAUCCAUAUUCCGGGCACCAUCCUCUUUCUCGUCAUCCUCUACUACAUCACCACCACCCGGCGUCGCCGUGCCAUUUCUGACAAAAUGGCAGGCAACGAUGCCAGUGGAUGGGGCUCGGCCGGCCCGGCUCUGUACGAAGCUCGUCGCCGCACCAUGGCAAUGUGCAAUCUGUUGGCCUUCAUCAUCUUCACGCUUUGGCCCUGCAUGCCGCCUCGGUUACUGAGCGAUCCAAACUAUAACGGUCCGGAUGCCGCCGAAGCGAAAAGUUUUGGUUUCGUGGACACUGUGCAUAGUGCCGAUGGUGAGAGCAGCGUCUGGACGACGAACAAAUUCUGCAACCAAUAUGCUGCCAUGCCUUCCCUCCACUUCGGCUAUUCCCUUCUUAUCGGCCUCACCGUUGCUACCCUUCCAGUCUCGAACUUGCGGUCCCGUUCCUGGAAGCGUCUCGCCAUCGUCGUCGCCGGCAUGUCAUAUCCAGCACUGAUUCUUCUCGCCAUCGUAGCGACUGCGAACCACUUCAUCCUAGACGCCGUCGCGGGCGCCAUGGUGUGCGGCAUUGCAUGGCAUGCCAAUGGUCUGCUGCUGAACCUGCUUGUUGUCGAGGAUUACUUUCUGUCGCUCGUUCGAAUCCACAAGCCCGUGAACUGGACAGACCCCGACACCGCGGUGGACGACAGUGGAUGGCGCCCAAGCAUACUGGUCGAUCAGGUAUAG